UGAAGUGUGAACAAGGACGUGAAACGUGAGAAGAUCAACUCGUUGAAGGAUAAACCGGAUUUACCGGCGUUCUGGAACGAAAUUUCUUGUGGGAGAUAUCACGAAAUAUUCAACAUGGCUUGGGUGCCCUUGGAGUCGAAUCCAGAGGUUAUGACGAAGUUCCUCCACAAGUUGGGUGUUCCAAAAAAGUGGUCAAUCUUAGAUGUAUACGGCUUAGAGUCGGAAUUGUUGGCGAUCAUCCCUAGGCCUGUCCUUGCCGUCAUUUUGCUUUAUCCUAUUUCUUCAAAGAUUGAAAAGACUAAAGAAGAGCAAGCAGAAGCUAAGGAUAGCAAGAAUGAUGCUGCAGAAUCUGUUUACCAUAUAAAGCAAUCUAUUUCUAAUGCAUGUGGAACAAUUGCAUUACUUCACAGCGUGGCGAAUAAUUUGGAUGUAAUACAGUUGGAAGAUGGCUUUUUCAAAAAAUUCUUAGAGGAAACCAAAGGACUUUCGUACAUUGAACGUGGCGAACGUUUAGAAAAAUCGCAAGACAUCAUUGAUACUCAUAUGGAAUCUGCCCAGGAAGGACAGACCGAGGCACCAGCUGAAGAUGUGGAGGUGUACCAUCACUUUGUCGCGUUUGUCCAUAAGGACGGUUCCUUGUACGAGCUGGACGGUCGAAAAUCUGCCCCUAUCAGUCACGGUUCAACUACACCGGAAACACUCCUCGACGAUGCCGCUCGCGUGUGCAAGGAAUACAUGGAACAUGAUCCUAAUGAAGUGCGUUUUACAGUGGUCGCACUCGCUGCCAACGAGUGAAUGGUGCCUCAUCCUCAAGUGCAUUCGCCUUUAAGCUAAUUUAAACCCAAAUAAUUUAUCUUAUAUGUUACAUAAUGUUACAUAUAUUAUAUUUUACUUCAGCAACGCAUUUAUUUUGUCAAUUUUCU